UCACAUUCUCAAAUUCCAAUGUGUAUCUUGAAUCCUUUCUAUUUUAAGUUUAAGCGCACAUGAUGCAACUUGCAAAUCUCCGGUCAAAACUCUCAGCCUCUAUGAUGAUAAAUGAAGUAUGGGUUUACACGAUUCUCUAUGCUCCAUAUAUCCUUAGUUUAAUCACAGCUUACCAAAUCCCAUUUUAUAAACCCUGAGUUUCCCCCCUUGUCUGUCUGUGAAAAGCAUUUGGUAAUUUUAGCAAUGGCCGCCUACAUUGUUCUUCUGUUCAUCUCUUUCCUUUUGGUCUUGAAUCCAGUUCCUGUAAAACCCAAUGGUCUUGUUCUUCCCAUACAAAAAGAUCAAUCAACCAAAUACACUCAAUACAUCACCAGGAUUUACCAAAGAACUCCACUUGUGCCAGUCAAACUGACACUAGAUUUGGGAGGUGAAAAUCUCUGGGUCGAUUGUGAUCAGAGGUUAUAUUACAGUUCAUCCUAUAAAGCUGCUCAUUGUGGCUCAAAAGUCUGUUCAACUUACAGUGGCGGUGGUUGCCGAGAUUGCUACGUCGGUCCUCAGCCCGGAUGCAACAAUAACACCUGCACUACAGCAAUCAGAAACCGAAUCACCGACCAUCUCACCGGAGAAGAACUCGCACAGGAUCUCCUAGCUCUUCAAUCAAACAAUGGGUCGUCAAAAGCAGGGCAUUUAGUCACUUCGGCCGGGUUCGUUUUCGCCUGCGGCGAAGCAUCGAUUUUGGAAGGAACUCCGGAGAAUGUGAACGGUUUUGCAGGAUUUGGCAGGGGAAAACUUGGGUUGCCUUCAUUAUUGAGCAAGGGAUUUCGUCUUCCUAAUAAAUUUGCACUCUGCUUAAGCAAUUCAACCAGAUCAACUGGCGUUUUGUAUUUCGGUGAUAAGCCUUAUAUGACGAAUCCUAACAGGGAUAUCUCUGUUUAUUUGCUUUACACUCCUCUUCUGAUUAAGCCAUUCAGCAUUCCAGGAGUUCAUUUCAAGGAUGAUUUCUCAUCGGAUUACUGGAUUCAAGUCAAAUCCAUCAAAAUCAGCGGUAAAGAAGUGCCGAUUAACGCGACAUUGUUGACGAUUGAUAAGGAAGGUUAUGGUGGUACAAAGAUUAGUACAAUUCAUCCUUACACAGUGAUGGAAACAUCCAUUUACAGAGCUUUUAAGAAGGCUUUUAUAAAGGAAUUAGCACAUAUUCCUAGAGUCAAAGCUGUGGCUCCAUUUGAAGUGUGUUACAGUUCCAAGAGCUUGCCUUACACACAAGUUGGUCCUAGUGCUCCAUUCAUUGAUUUGGGGCUUCAUCAUGAGAGUGUUUGGUGGAGGAUUUAUGGUGAGAACUCAAUGGUUAAGGUGAGUAAAGAUGUGCUGUGCUUGGGAUUUGUCGAUGGAGGCGAAAAUCGCGAAGUAGGGAUGGUGAUCGGGGCGCAUCAGAUUCAGAACAAUCUAUUGCAGUUUGAUCUUGAAUCAAAUAGGCUUGGCUUCACUUCUUUGCUCUUUCUUCAGCAAACUUCCUGUGCCAACUUCAACUUCAAAGGUUGACGACCGAAGUGUUACACUAUACUUAGCUUGAAAGACUACUCCGCAUUCAAUGAUGUUGACUUGUUGAGUGUGAAGUUGAGUAUCAAAAUAUCAAAGCCAUUUUCCACUUGUUUUGUACUUUUGCUGCAAUUUGUGUAUUUUGGAUUCAUGGCUGCUUCUGUAUUUGGAUAUUACAGCAAGAUGGAAAACAGAUAAAAGUUGU